AUGCGUCCGGUGUUUCUUCCACAGCGCCUCAAUAUUAAUGCUUUUGCUCUCUGUAGCAGUGGUAGUAUAAUGACAGAACAUAAGUUCCAGGUCCGGUUUAUUUACUAUGAGGCAAGCAUUUUUUUCUUUUUUCUUUCUUUCUUUCUUUUUUCUUUCUUUAAUCGGUUUAUCAUUUGUCUCUCAUUUCUGAUUUCUUCUUUUUAUUCUUUUCCUCGCUUUCUUCCAAUUUCCAAUACUCUGAUAAUUUAUUUUUUCUUUUCAUUAUUUUCUUUUUAUUCCUCUCUUUUUAUCUUUCUUUCUUUCUGUCUUUCUUUUUAUCUUUUUUCUCUCACUUGCAUUUACGGGUCACAUUUUAGCGCUGUGAUUGCUUCCCUUCUGAGUAACAAUGAACACUUCAAAGAACAUGCCCACCGGCGUAGCUUAGUCGGCAGAUCAGCAUCGAUCCCAGGGCAGUUUUCAGAAAAGAACAAAAUCUACAGCAAAGAUGAAUAG